CGACACGCGCGUCUUGAUGUCACGGAAUAGAAGUGUUCCGUGUUGGGAUGAAGCGGUAAUUAAGAAGAGGCGGGAGUGCGGGAGGUUGUUUCUUACCAAACACAUUAGAAGUUACACUCCUGAGCUGGUGGUUUAGGAGAUUGUGAAAUGAAUGGUACACUAAUCCCAAACACUCCCUUUGCUGUGGAUUUCUGGCAGAUUCGAAAGUGCAGCCACGUCCGUUUGUUCUUCCUUUCCCACUUGCAUAGUGAUCACACGUCGGGUCUCUCUUCUACCUGGAACAGAUCCAUAUACUGCUCUCCUAUUACUGCCAAGUUGUUGCGAUGGAAGUUUCAGGUGGAGGAAAGAUUGAUUCACCCACUUGAGAUAGGAGAGAGUCACCUCUUAUACCUUGAUGAAGUCGGAAAAGAAACCAUGACUGUGACAUUGAUUGACAGCAAUCACUGUCCUGGCUCUGUCAUGUUUCUGUUUGAUGGCUAUUUUGGCACCAUUCUGUACACAGCGGAUUUCCGUUACACGCCCACCAUGUUCUGCAAUUCUCCACUGAGCACAGAGAAGAGAAUAGAUAUUCUAUACCUGGACAAUACAAACUGUGAUCCUGAGUGUGUGGUACCCUCCCGUGAAGAGGCUACUGAACAGAUCAAAGAAAUAAUCAACACUCACCCAGAACACGACGUUGUAAUUGGUCUAUAUAACUUGGGCAAAGAAUCCUUGUUGAUAGAGUUGGCUCUGGCAUUCAAAACCUGGAUUGUGGUGAGUCCCCGCAGACUUCAGAUGUUUCAGCUGCUGAGACUGAGCAAUGUGUUCACUUCAGAGAUUGGGGCUGGAAGAAUCCGUGUGGUGGAUCAGAACGAAAUUAACCGAUUUAAUAUGGUUCGGUGGAAUCAAACGUGCCCUACGAUUGCCAUUAUCCCAACAAGCCGCAGAAUAAAACUCGCACACAGAGACAUUCACGUGAUUCCCUAUUCGGAUCAUUCCUCCUUUCAGGAGCUGCAGGAAUUUGUGGCCAGACUGAAGCCCUGUUCCAUUAUGCCUAUCGUGAAAGGAACAGCAUGCCACGUAUACUUCUCCCAGUGUCUUAGCAGAAGUGAUGAGUUGAAGCCAAUCCAAGUUCCGGAAACAGUAGAAAGAUGCAUGAAAAAGAAUUCGAAACAUAAUGAGGCUCUGCCUGAUCGGUUUUUAAAAUCAAGACCUCUGGAUAUUCCUCGGGGUGUAGUGUUCGAGUCACCAGAGGAAGGACUGCAUGACUGCGAUGGAGCUGAUGAUCUCUGUACAGAGGAGCUGAGUUGGUGCUAUGCUAGUCUGAAAUCUUUUGAUGCUGUUGUUGAACAAUAUUUUAAGAGGAGGAAUAAGCGAAAUGUGAGAAACAUGUUUGAUUAGAUGAGAACAGCUGCAUUGCAGAGACAACAGAUUUGAAAUGUUUAUUUUACCAGCAAUCACUUUAUGAAAGUGCAAUUAUUUCUCAUUCUCUAUACCCUAUGAAUUUUGGGGAACCUUCCAAGGGCUUGUUAAAUAAAACUGGUUAAAGUUUUAGUAAUGUAUCAGCAGUAGCAGUCCUGUUUUUGAAAGCUGGCAAAGUGUCAAGAAAGUUUGAAACUUUCCACUUUUUUUUUAUGUAUUCUUGGUGAACCUAAUUCAUUCUCAGUUUUAACAGUGCUCUGGUAAAUGUGCCCUCUAUUGUCCAAUUUCAUUUUAUCUGGGGGUGUAAUUUCUCAAGGUAGAGAUGUGUUUAAAGGUAUAAGUAUGCGUAAUGAAGCCUAUUGUGUUACGUCUAUGUCAUUAUUUCAAAGUUCAAA